UUCGGACACCGCUCUACUGUCUACAGAUAAUCUUGCGAAAAAUAUGAAUCGUCGAUUAGUUUUUGCUUUUAUUUUUUUCGGAACGUUCGAGGCUGUAUUUUCGGUUGAAAAGAAAUCUGAGUGUGUGAUAAGAAAAUCAGGAGCCUGUAGAGUAUUAAACAUCACAGAAGAUUUUGAUGAAUUCAUUCCCUUGGACGAUUUUAAGGAUAAAUCCUAUACCAAGAAAUUAAUACGCAUGUCCACAAUUAUCGAAAUUGAUUACUACAGAAACAAACUCAACUACAACCAUAACCAAACUGAGAAGCAAAAGGAAUUGGAUAUUGCCGACAAUCCGGUGGUCGAGAUACUCUUUUCAGAAGAUGAUAAUCCGAGAUACAGCUAUCGUUUGGUACUUGGCGCAAAAUUGAAUCGUUUGGCCUACAUAGAAACAGUUGAAGUAAAACGUGUCAUAAAAUAUAACAACUACUCGCCCGAUUUACCAUCCUGGCCAUUCGCCAUUAAUGUCACGGUAGAUAUGCGCACCUCCAAUACAUAUACAUCCGAUUUGAAAGUGUACACAAGAAAUGGUGAUGGAUUUGAUCGGAAGGAACCGUUCCUGAACGGAAGCUCUCAUUGGAUUGAGGUCAACUAUAUGUCUAUCAGAAACCGCAACAAAAAUUUUAAGCUCGUUGGUUUCUAUGGCUGUUCAACGAAAUACGGUCCGAAGUGCGGAACUGAAGUGACACAGACUAUUAAGGAUUGCAGGGCAAAAUUUUCCCCAGUUGGCAAUGGAUUUUUCCAGAAUUUUGUGAAUAUGUCCAAAUUUAAUGUAUUAGAGAAAAAGGAAAACAAUUAUGACCAAAUAUUCGGUGUAUACAGACGACGCAACGACAACAUGCACCUACUUUUCACGAGUAGAAAAUUUGAAACGGGAGCGUAUAUUCGAAUAACAAUAGGCGAUGAUGAAAUCUCUAUGCGCAUACGAAUGUACAAUCCGACUAGUGGGAGAUAUCAUGACAAAAAAGUAGUUAGAAAAGGCUGGACUCGACGGGAACCGUCCGAGCCUAAUUUUAUCAGAGUCAUAUUGAGUUCAGUGACAAAGAAUAUAUCAAUUCACGACCACUCGGACACCAGCAUCGGUCCUCUAAUCCUGACAAUGAAGUUAUGCAACUAUUUCGACUUUGGAGAGUCCAUCAAAUUCAUGUCAGUCACAUCUGAUGGUUUUAAAACCGUUGAUCUAUACUACGACUGUUGUGUGCCGUCUGAAUCAGAAUAUUGUCAUGUGUAUGAGAAAGACAAUAAUCGAACUAACAGUAGUUCUGCUGCAAAAACGGACAGCCAUGAAAACAUACCAGAUUCGUCGACCAAACGAUUAGAUGAAGAAUACACCACAUUCGAACCGACUCAAACAGACGCAACUACGGUGCUGAUCGAAAAUAAUUCAUCCUCAAAAAUGGAAUCAGCCACCAGGAGCCUUGAAAACAUAUCAGAUUCAACGACUAUACGACUAGACGAGGAAACAGAGGCAACAACGAUGCUGAACGAAAAUAUUUCAUCAACAACCGAAGCGGACAAUUUUUUCGAUUCUUUUUUUAAUUUUCUAUCUGGAAGGAGGGGACACGACGAAGUUGAACUGAAUGAAAUGGAAACUUUCGAAACAGGCAAAACAAAGACAAACACAUUUUUAGAUACGAGCCAAUUCGAAGGGACCGGAAGUACACAGUACGAAUAUGAAGAUGGAACAAGCCCCGAGGAUUAUUGUCCACAUGAAUUGUCAGAUGUCACAUUAAUGCGAGUCACAACAGAGGCAAUGGACGAAGUUGACGACGAUGAAGAUGAUGUAAAACCUCUCAGUUACACAGGUAAUAACCGUGGUGGAUUGAAUUCUGCGUUGUUGGCCAGAUUAAUCGGUUGAAGGGAUAUUUUACUCUGUCUUGAUGCCU